AUGCAGAUGAGGCGUCUAGCUUGUACGCACCAGGCUCUUCGCCGAACAGUUCAUUCAACUUAUACUACGAGCCUCAAUAAGAUAAAACAUGUAUCCACAAUGAGUCCCAGCCGUAGUUUUCCGGCCCUUUUCGUCCGAGGCGGGACAUCCAACGGCCUAGUCAUCCAGCGCCGACAUCUUCCGCCGCAGGACCAAUGGCACACGGUCCUCCCCGCGGCUAUGGGCGCGCCGGAUCCGUAUGGCAGACAGUUGAAUGGGAUGGGCGGGGGCAUAUCGUCGACGUCGAAGGUAUGCGUUUUAGCGCCGUCGACGCGGGCCGAUGCCGAUGUGGAGUUUACGUUUGUGCAGGUUGGGAUUAGGGAUGGGGUGCUGGAUCUAGCGGGGAAUUGCGGGAAUAUGUCGUCGGCGGUUGGGCCGGUGGCUUGGGAUGAGGGGCUGGUUGGGGAGCGGGAGCGGGGGGAGAGGGGGGAAUAUAGGGAGGCGGUGGUUAGGGUGUUUAAUACGAAUACUUCCAAGAUCAUACAUUCGCGAUUUAGAGUCGCUGGGGAUCCGCCGGUGUACUGUCCCGACGGCGAUUACGAGAUGGACGGUGUUCCGGGGACGCAGUCUGAAAUCACGCUGAGUUUUUUGGAUCCUGCCGGAGCGAAGACGGGAAAGGCGCUGCCGACGGGGAAUGCGGUUGAUACGUUGACGCUACCGGAUGGAAGUACUAUCGAGGCUUCGUUGGUUGACGUGUCAAAUCCGGGCGUGUUCGUCCGCAUAGAUGAUCUAGGGGUCUCAGAUGCGAGUCCAGAUACUUUCACCCCUCAAGCAGUUGAGUCGGACCCGGCACUCAAAGCUAGGCUGGAGCAUAUCCGGCAAGCGGGCGCAGCAAAGAUGGGACUAGAUCCAAAGACAGAAAGCGUGCCCAAGAUCGUGCUACUAUUCUCGGACUCGGGCUCGGCGGACGUUGAUAUAAGGUGUCUAACAUUGUCGAUGGGUCAGGCGCAUAAAGCUGUACCCCUGACUCUGGCUUUAUGCUUAGGUGCUGCUGCGAAUAUGCCUGGGACUCUGCCCGCGCGGGUCCGUAGGGUAAAAGGAGGAGAAAAAAGUGAAAUCGUCGGACCUGUUGUUAUUGGGCAUCCCAGUGGAACGGUCGAGAUUGGAGCAACGACGGAGAACGGCCGGAUCGUCUCGGCGGAUUUACUUCGCACUGCGAGGGUUCUCAUGAAAGGACAGGUUUAUUAUUAA